CUGAUAAAAACGAUUAAUAUUGGGACCACUAUGGACAUCAGCAAACGAAGGGUAUAUAAACGAUGGAUUGUGAUAAAAUUCGAGAAUGUGUAGAUUCCAUUUGAGCAAGCUUAUGUUAUCGUUCAUAUCAAGUCCUUUUCGACAAACGUUCGUGUGUGGAGUCUUGACUUGAAAUUUCGUGCUUCCGUAGCACCAUAGAGUUACUAGUAAACAAUAAAUAUGGAGGACGAAAGUGUGGCAGCCACAGACAAUGUUGUCACCGAGUUUGCUUCCUAUGAAGACUUUCUAGACAGCCAGAUUACACCACUAGAUUUGUAUUAUUUGGAGGAUGAAGAGUUAGCAAGGCAGCUUGUUGAACUUGGUUAUCGUGGUAGUGGCGAGGUUUUAAAAAGAGAGGAAUUUGUUGCAAGAAAGCAAGCAGCUGAAGCUAGCAGAUUAUCUAAACGAAGCCAACAAAAAACUUUGGCUAGCUCUGGUAAGAACAUCACAGAUCCAUUCUUAAAAGCCCUCCAACAACGUGAGGAGGCGAACAGAAAUGGGAAGAUGACUACUAUUGUAUUCAUCAGAGAUAAAAAUUCAAGAGGACAAGAGAUUUCAGGCUAUAUUGAUUAUGCACAGCGUUUAAAGACAGAAGAUUUUGAAAUGUAUUUUACUGGCAAGAAAAGAUUUCUACCAAGACCAUCAGAUCUAAGUUUUUAUAACUGGGAAACACAAACAUGUACUUCAAAUCCUUCUGCAAAUUAUCAAGUAAUAGCAGAGAACACAAGUGGUUUGUUGUUCAAAAACAAACGCGACAGAAAAAUCUUAAAUGUCGACCCCAAGGCUGCAACACCUGGGGAUAAUUCUACCAGGCUAGUCGUCGAAACUCCAAAAUACACUCAAGUAGUGUUGUAUGAUCACAUUACUCGGCGAAAAACUUAAAAUUGGACCUUAAUGUAUAUUUUAUAAGAUAGUGCAAAAAGUUUGUUUUUUAACCUGAAUGUUGAAAUUGUUAGCGUUGAAAUGAAAUAAUUGUACUGGAAAACCUUUUCCGACUAAGUUUUUCUCGAACAUUAUUUUCAGGACGCUUUUUUAAUUUUUAAGAUUUUAUUUUUGUUUCUGUAAAUAAUAUAAAGUGAAAUAUGUGAUAUAUAUUAUUUAAAAAUUAUAACGAUUGAUCUCUAUUUUGUUUCUUUAUAAAUUUUAAUGUAUGUAAGAUUACUAAGACAGAGGGCUGUUCACAUGCUGGCCUCAGAUAAGCAGAAGUAUGAUCUGGUGGUGCAUGCUGUGUUGUUUUCAUUCAGUUAACCAAUUAAGCACUUUCUCCUAAUAAACCCAGUCAAUCGGACAAAUAAUUCAGGACAAUAAAUUUCGUAACUUCAUCUCCAGUGAUUUUUUUAGCGCCUGAUAGAUGCAAGUUUUCGAAAUAUAAUAACUCUGUUUAUAUGAGAUUUCUUUGAUGUUCUUUCUUUUAGCUUUUAUGAACCAGGAGAAAAAACAGGUUUUUUUUAUUUCGCCUAUGAAGUUUGAGGUCUGCUUAAAGUCGUUUUCCACUUGAUCUUUUCAUUUUGUUACAAAAGACAAACGUCCUGGGAACUAGGUUGACUUUAUUAUUAAUUUAAGUGGUAAUCAUAAUAAUAGUGAUUUUUUUAAAAAAACCUCCCCCGUUGUUAAAUUACCACAAUGCUUUCACUUAGUAAAACCCCUUAACCACGGAGAGUGACAACAUACGAUAAUUUUAUUUUAUAAUCUCAAAUUAUUGCUUGUUUCAGCUCAACUGAAUGACAACCUUUUGACGUAAUGUUGAUGACGUCAGAAGUGGGUUCAACUUUGUAUAAAAUAUUUUUGGUUCCGGUUAACAUUCUGUCAGCGGAGGAGAGUGAAUGAUUUAGUAUUUAUUAAGGAGCGACGUCGAGUAAAAUAAGUUAGUCAAUACUUUGAACAGAAAAAGAUAUUAUUCCCUUAUAAAAGAAGAAAUGGUUGAAGCACACUUUAUUCUCAACAUCGUCCAUUUGGUGUUAUGUGCAGCGACACUAGGGGGCGGUAUAGCAUACAUAUACGCCCCUGAACACUCAGACUAUAAUGUGAUAUUACUAAAAAAUCUAUACGUGCCUAUCUGGGCUCCGAUUUUACUAGCAGUAAACCCAAUAUUAGGACUGAUAGGAAAAUGUACAGGUGUUCGUGCUUUCUUUCACGUUAAGUUUGCUUUUGAUAUUUGGCAAUUGAUCUGGUGGAUAGUUGGUACGAUAUUCUACGCGCAGCUUGGUCCGAAAUAUCGCAAAUGUUUUGGUAACAUGCAUAUUCAAGACGAAAGCAGCGAUAGUGACCGUUUCUGGUUACGACCGCGUUGUUUCGGAUCGAACGCUGGUAUAACUGGUGCAGAUUCAUCAGCAGACGAGGAUAGCAUUCGUUUGGAGUAUAGGAUAGUUAUAUAUAUCACUGUGAUGUACUCCAUACAAACAAUUUGUUUGAUAGCAUCUUUUGUAUCAUAUUACAAAGAGAUUGGAUGUUGUUACUGCUGUCGAGGAGGAACUCGAAAUGAGGCCAUACCAUUAAGAACUGCUUAAAUGAUAAGAACUUAGUAAUAUUUUAUUGUAUAUUGUACUUCAUAAACUUGUGUAGAUAGGGUUAAUGUUGAUACUUUAAUUGAAUCAAAUUGAAACUUGCAAGCAUAAAUUUUCCCUUUUUCACCCAAAUAGACAUACCCGCGUCUCUCGCUUCCGCGAAAAAGAAAAAGAAAAACGUAAAAAAAAUACCACCCCAACAACGAAAAAGACGUGUUGUAUGACUUUGCUAAUGACGCAGAAAUUUCGCUAGUUGUUGAGUAAGAAUACAAUGGAGUCUCUCUAAAGUGGACACCAUUGGUGUAAAGUCACUUUCAGAGCAAAUUUCGCCGAAAACAUGAAUUUUUUAUUUUUUGUUCUAUUCCUUUCAAAUCAAGGAAGGAUAUGUAAUUUGAUGAAUGUGAAAUUGUAUUAUUUAUACGCUCUAUUGUUAUAUAAACAAAUAAAAACUAACAAA